AACAACAAAAGACAUACGACAAGCAAGACGGAUUGAUAUAAAAAUCGACGUUGGUUGAGAUGGCAUCUAUGCAAAACCAUUUCUGUGAUAUAUGUGUAGAGAGUCACGUGAUUGCUGUCGUCUGGUGUCCAGAUUGUGAAGAAUUCCUUUGCCCUGAGUGCAGCAAACACCACAGUCGGGCCAAAAUAUCACGAGAACACACAACUAUAACAGUAGUAGACUACAAAAAGUUACCGCCCUCUUUCUUGUCUCUGCGAUAUAGUUGCUCUGAUCACAACGAAAAGUUCGAAUUUUAUUGCCCGUUUCAUAAGCACCCUUGCUGUGUAAAAUGUGUAAAUGAAACUGAUGUUGAUUGCAGGAACUUGAUUCCACUGCAUGAUGCGAUAAAGAGGGCAACAACUGAAAACGGAUUAUUGCAAAUUGAUCAGGAGCUUAAAAGUGUGCAAAAAAAUUUAAAUGACAUUUACGAAAAUUGUAUUUCAAAUAUUCAAAAGUUGGAAAAGCAUAGGAAAAUAUCGUGUGAUGAGAUUGUCAAUAUAAGACAUGUGAUUAAUCAGCGUCUUGAUAAGUUAGAGGGCGCUUUACAGGAAGAGCUUGAAGAAAAAUACGUCGCAGCUAAAACUAAAACAGGGACACUAUUAUCUGACAUUGUUAACCAAAGAGGCAUGGUAAACGGUGUCAUAAGAGAUUUAGAAAUCAUCAAGAAAAUUGCAACGGGUUUUCAAACUUUUAUGAUAGUCAGCGAAAUCGAGAACACCAUUACAGAAAGAGUUCAGUACCUAGAAGAACUACACGAAGCGGGAAGUUUAGAUGACCUCAAUUUACAAUUAAAUGUAGACCCCACAUUAAUGUCUUUUAUGAAGAAUGCGUUUUCGUUCGGAACAAUUUCAUAUCAUCACAAUCCAAUAUGCCUUAAUAUUCUCUCAUUACAAGGUGAACAUGCACAGACAAUCGUUCGACCGUCCAAUGCUAUCGAUAAAAUUAAAUUGAUACCAAAACAACGAAUUCAGCUACCUAAGAGCGAAAACGUAACAGGGAUAACUGGAUGCGAAAUCUUAAAUGAUAGACAGUUAUUGUUUGUUGAUUUUGAUAACAGACGAUUGUUAUCCGCCGAUAGUCAAAGUCGAUCGAAAGAACUGAUGAAAUUAUCAAGUUCACCACGUGACAUCGCAAUUAUCGAUAACAAUACUGUCGCAAUCACACUUCGGGACGAUCAGAGUGUUUUGCUGAUUGAUGUUAAAGGUAGUAAAAUAGUUAAAACUUUUGAUGUGACGUCACCUUGUUAUGGCAUUGACCGAGUGGAAGACAAACUGGUGGUUAGGCUCAACCAUAUAGGUCAAUUUCUAGUUUUGAAUUUAAAAGGAAAAAUUUUAAGUCGGCUACACAUUUCUGGGUAUUACAUACAAGACGUGGCUUUAUUUGAUGGAAAAAUAUUUUGCACAAAUUGCGAAGACCAUAAAGUGUAUUGCUACGAUAUGAAUGGAGAUUUAUUAUGGAAAUAUGCAGAUGAGAAUCUCCGAAAACCCUUUGGUAUUGGCGAGGAUAGCCAUGGAAAUAUUUACGUAGCGGGGAGAGAAACGAAUAAUGUUCUUCUUAUUUCACCAGACGGUCACAGAACUAAAGAAUUGUUGACUAGUAAAAACGGACUGUGUGAUCCCUAUGCACUACAUGUUAAUAAAACAACCAAUCAAUUAUUGGUUUGCAACGAAUUUGGAGGUCAAGCUUUCUUAUUUGAUAUAGCUAAUUAAUUUAUUAAAAAAUAAAAACGAG